AGGCGUCACGUUACUAGGAAUCAAUUUCUCUCCUUCCAGAUCAAUGCUCAGUAAUUCUCUAAAUCCAUAAUCCCAAUAAUUGGGAAUAUGUCGAAUGGUAUGCAGGAGUACUCUAGGAGGCGUCAUGAUUCUGAAACAACGUCUGCAUCACAGAAGACUGACACAACAUGGAGAUAUUCUGUGUUUGGUCCAGAAAGACUUGGGAAAGGAGCAAUGCUCUUUACAGGGCCAGAUGGCAUUCGUGACCACAGGGUAACUGCCCAGCCAGAGAGUGAGCAUAGAUGGGUUGGGGAGGAUACCAUGUCUGCUGAGGGUACCAGUGAGGUAUCAUAUCUAUGGAGGUCGCCAAGGGGAUUCUUCCCCCUCCGCCCUAAAUCUGCCUGUGUGGGAGAGGUAGGCUGGUGCCACCCUAGGCUCACUGAGAGACCCCCUUUAGCUAGUCAAAUACAGCUUGGAGAGUUCCGACAGGCAGUAGAAGACAGAGCAACACAUACAGAUCAAAGCCCAUGGUAUCGACCAACCCCAUCAAAUUCUUACGAAGCCAUUAGAUCCGCAAGGCUAUCGGCGUCAUACCCAUUCCCUGCUGGACAGGGGAGACAACAAAAUAAUACAAACUACAACAACAGAAACAAUAACACCAACAGAUAUAGGAGUAGCUAUUAUAAUCCUGAAGAAUCAUCAUAUGAAGAAACCACUGACCUUGAAGGUGGCCCAUACAGGCCUGUAUCAAGAGGGAACAGUAGAAUGAGCAAUGUGUCAGCCCAUAGUCGACCAAGGGGGCAAAUUACAGCCAUUGUACCAACAGAAGAUACCAUUGAAGAGGAAUAAAAAAGAACUGCUCAAAUUAGAUAAUUAAAGUGGUUCAAAUUCUAAAUGUGAACUUUCUAAAUAAAGGAUCUGAGUGACCUGCAACUUACACUAUUAUUGGACUUUGAUACAAACUUUUUCAAAUAUCAAAUUUUAAAUAUCGCUUAUCUAAAUUAAACAGCAAUGAUAAAUUCAAGACUCAAAUACAAUUACCCAAUAGACCAGAAAUUCUUUUCAAGUAAAAUAUGUACAGGAAUGGUUUGUGUCAGAGUCUAUAGAUAGUGAAUAUGCCAAAUAUAUCUGGCGUAUUUUAGGAUCAGAGUAAGAGGUUGGUCCUCUUCUAUUGUUUGAAAACAGCAUUUGGUUUGCUGUAUUUAGAAAAUCAGUAUUUCUUACGGAGAAGAAUUUGUAUUCAAAGUGCAAUUUGUAACUAGCGCACAAGAUGAUAGUUCAGAAGCUGUGCUAUGAGCCAGUAUUAUUAAAAUAAGUAAAGGUAAAAAUGGUACACACCAUAUUGAAAUUGUGUAAAUUGAAUUAUGUUUAAUAAACAUGCACAUAAAAUAUGUUUACAAA